AUGGCUAUGGCUGCUGCUCGUUUCCUCCUUCGCAAUGUGAACCGUACUCCUAUGUUUCGACUAGUAGCAGUACGUACACAAGCUACAUCAAGUGCACCAGCACCAGCUUCAGGAUCAGCAGCUGAUAUGGUUUUCACUUUCGCUUCACCAUCGGAAGUCUUCUACAAUCAAGCUAAGAAUGUGCGGCAAAUUGAUGUUCCUACUAUGAGUGGUAAUAUGGGUAUCCUUGCUCAUCAUGUACCAAUUCUCGGUGUUUUGAAACCUGGUGUCGUUUCAGUAUAUGAAAAUGAAGGAAACACCAAACGAUAUUUCGUAAGCAGUGGUUCAGUUGCUGUUCACCCAGAUUCAAGUGUUCAAUUGUUAGCUGAAGAAGCAACACUCGUAGAAAAUCUUGACACAAAAGCAGCCCAAGAUGCAUUGUCUGAAGCGCAACGAAAAUUAGGUUCAGCUAAAGAUGAAAAACAAAAAGCGGAAGCCCAAAUUGAAGUUGAAUGUGCUGAAGCUGCUGUCAAAGCAUCUUCUGGUGUUUUUCAAUGA